GUGUUGUUAACCAGAACAAACCCGUCCAGCACAGCACAGCACAGCAGCUAAAGUUAGCAGGUUAAUUCAGCUCACAAAGCGCCUCAGAGCCGCCUCACGCACGCGUUCGACCUCAAAACACCGAAGACUCGGAGCUGACUCGGUGUUAAACCAGGACCUCGCACAUUCUCGUUUAUCUGUGCGUGCAUUUAACGUCAUUCGUAAGAAUCCAGAUGUAAUGAAUUGAAGCACCGCGCGUCUGUGUGUCGUUUAGAGACGCCCCCUCGCCUGGCCCCGCCCCUCCCGUGAGGCGGAAGUGUGACGUGUGUCUGAGCGCUUGGUGCGGUGUGGUUCUGCUCGGUUGUGUCUCCCGGGAUGCGCUGCUGGCUGUAGCGGGUCUGUGAUGCUGCGGAUCCGGGCGAAGCUCCGGCAGGCGGCGGAUCAGAUGAAGAGAAGACCCGAACUGUGCUGCGGUGCGAUCCUGCUCACCUGCGCGCUAAUACUGCCCUUAACCCUCACCUGCAGUCGUGUGAAGAGCGUGGUGGCGUCCCCUCGGGCUCCGCUGCGCUUCUUCCCGGCCGAGGCCCCGCUGGCGGAUCUGUUCCUGGGUCAGCUAGAGGAAGUGGAUCGUCUGCUGGAGGAAGCGGAUGUGUCGCUGGUGUUCUACUACGCCCCCUGGUGCGCUCACUGCAUCACUGCACGACAGCACGUCCAGCAGGUGGCGCUGCGGCUCGCUCAGCAGGUGCAGUUUGUGGCGGUGAACUGCUGGUGGCAUCAGGGCAGAUGCAGGAAGCAGAAGAUUUUCUUCCAGUAUCCCGUCAUUCAUCUGUUCUACAGGAGGGUCGGUCCGAUCGAGUACAGGGGUCCGGUCCGGUCUGAGUAUCUGGAGAGCUUCAUUCAGAGAGUUUGUGCUCCGCUCACGUACCUGCCCUCCGUUAGAGCCCUGCACACCUUCCUCACACAGCACCAGCAGGCUGUGGUGGGUUAUUUCCGGUUCAGCUCGUCUCCUCAGCCGGCGGGUUACAUCACCUUCCUGUUGUCCGCUCUGCACGCGCUCAGACGAGAUCAGCAGGGGGAGGUGCGCUUCGCCGUGGUGACCAAUCAGGCGGUGGCAGAGGGCGUGUCACUCAGGGAGGAUGAAAGUGUGUAUCUACACCGGCGUUUGAACAGCUCUCUGGUUUUCCCGCGGACGCAGAGGAACUUCACUGUACAAGCCGUCUGUGAUUGGGUGUUUGAGAACAGAGAGAGCGUCAUUCACUGGAUUCAGCCAACGGGAGUGAAGAGUUACUCACUGGAGGCGGAGCUACAGAAAGGCCCCGCCCUCCUGACCUUCCUCCCGCACAAUCCCCUCACAGCCAAUCAGCUGCUGACACGGGUGAGCGCUGUGGCGCUGCAGUAUCACUGCGGCUCAGAGGAGGAUUGGUUCCCGCGCUGCUGUCAGUCUCUGUCGUUCUCGUCAGAUGCAAGCGUGUGUGAGCUGUGUGUCUCUCGCUGCUGGGCUCUGGCUCUGUAUCUGCAGCGGGUCAGUCUCUCCUCCUGCAGGAGCAUACAGAGCUCUUACGGUGCGUUCGGCCGGUGGAGCGUCUGCUGCAGGAGCGUCCCAAGGCCUCCGCUGGACUCCAUCACGGGCCUGCAGUGCCGCUCCAACAAGACGCUGCGCUUCUACCUGCUGGACACUCAGCUGCACUGGCCGCUGGCGCAGAGACUCGGAGCAUCUCCAGACCAGAGCAGAGACCUGCCCUUCAUCACCAUCAUCAACCUCAGAGACGAGACACACUACGUGCUCAACCACACCGAUGCACUGGAGGAUUUCAUCCAGAACUUCAGCGCGACCUACAGUCCUUUACACAGACAUCUGGUGGGACACAAACAACAGCAGCAAACACAGUCCCUCAUACAGGAAGUGACCUCAGACAGCUUCCUGCACACCGUCAUGGACUCACAGAGGGACGUGUUGCUGCUGUAUUAUUCGGUCUGGUGUGGCUUCUGCUCGGUUCUCAAUCACGUGUUUCUGCAGCUGGCUCGUCUGUUCCAGGGAAACAGCGCCCUCACGGUGGCCAGAGUGAAUGUUGGCCGUAAUGAUCUGCCCUGGGAGUUUAUGGUGGAUCAUCUGCCGUCUGUGCUGUUCUUCCCCAGACACAGGAAGCAGAUGAGUGUGAAGUUUCCAGAAAACACACCCAUGACGGUUCCCAACCUGCUGCGGUUCGUUCUGCAGCACUCUGACCACGCCCCCUGGGAGGAGUCCGGUAGAGGGGCGGAGCCUCAGUCCCUGCUGGAGGCGGAGCUUCAGUCAUUGCAGCGGCAGGUGUUUUCUCUGCAUCGGGCCAGAGAGCGUCUCUCUCAGCAGCUUUCGGUCCUGUGGAGGGAGAACCGGCGGCUCACGCUGCACACGCACACGCUGGAGACCCAGAAUGCCGAGCUGCAGGAGCAGAGCGGGCGGCUGGAGACGCUGUACAGAGAGAAAACACGCCAGCUGAGCGACACUGUUCACAGACUGCAGGAGCUCGCAGACGCGUCUGAAGAACUGCUGGAGGAGAACUCACUGCUCAAAGUGCUGCUCACUGUCCUGAGAGAGAGAGACGGAUGGGAAGGAGACAGUCGAGACACAGACGGACAGGAAGAGGAGAGACAGGAAGAAGAGAGACAGGAAGAAGCAGACGGACAGGAAGAAGCAGACGGACAGGAAGAAGCAGACGGACAGGAAGAAGCAGACGGACAGGAAGAAGCAGACGGACAGGAAGAAGAGUAA